AUGGACGUGUACAUACCCCCAACUCUCAUUCUAAAGCGCACAAUGUCUACAAGGAAUGAAGAUUUUGUUUGUCUUGUCCGUUCUCAGCUGAGCAGCAAGCUGUUUGUGAUCCGUGGGAUCUAUUUGCACUCCAUGAAUUCUGCCCAGUUGAAUGCAUUGGCACAGCUACGGAAACUUGUGGACCAGCUGGAGCAUCCUGUGCUUCUUAGGCACUUCAAAAUUGAUCAAGGGAUUGCCAAUAAGUGUUUUGUUCACAGCGAGUACUGUGAGCUAGGAUCUCUAGAAUUGGAGCUUGUGCAGCGCCGCGAAGAUGGGGAAUAUAUCAAUGAGCUUCUCAUUUGGGAGUACAUUGCCCAAUUGGUUGAUAUAACACUUUUUAUUGUCAGUCAAGUUGGCGUGGAAAAUAUGGAUGGGCAGUUCUUUCUCUACCGGUUUUUCAAGCCAUCCAACAUCUUUCUGUGCGAGAAUGGUUGUAUUAAAACGGGCGAUUAUGGUUUCUUCAGCCCACCCACACGGCACACAGAGGUAUUUCGCGUCGGGAAAUGGAUCAAUUACGUAGCACCAGAGGUAUUUCGAGGACAAUCUCCAACUCUCCGAUCAGCAAUAUUUUCGUUUGGUUGUGUAGUGUAUGCAUUGUGCACAUGCACUGAUCCGCACUUAUUUGACGUUGGGGAGACAGAAAUAGUGCCCCCAAGAGUGAGCCCGUCAUUGGUGAUACCAAUCCAGUACUCUCUGGCGUUGCGGACAUUAAUGCAUGAUAUGCUCAAAGUCAGCCCCAAAGAUAGAAUAACCUUUAGUAAGAUUGCACGCCACAAGUUGGUAGAGGAAGCACGGUAUAGGGUGAGGGCUAAGCAACUUGGCCAGCAACAGUACAAUCUGCCAGCAAUAGCUGAGCCAAUAAGACCCGAAUCAGCGGUGCAUAAUGAAACGUCUACUACUGAGUUAAACAUCGUGAGCACCGAAUCCCAACAACAACAGGCAGAAAGUCUUCCUACACUAAAGCACCGGAUUAUCAAUCCUGUCAUCACAGAGAAGGGCGUCAUAAAUUCACACGGACACCAGCUGUACUUUCUACGGACGGCAGGAAUGCCCAAGAAGUACAUCCAGAAGUACAAGUCAACUACAAAUGUGCUCCAUUACGCUGCAUCAACGCGCAAUUUUGACCUUCUUGAACGGAGGCUCGAUUUCGCCGGAGGGUUUGACGAUGACGGUCGGACUGCGUUGAUGAUAUGUGUAGAAGUGGGGUUUAUGAAGGGCCUCAAGGUACUACUUGAGUAUGAGGCUAGAAAGCGGUGUAAAAACAUCUACAAAUACGAGCGUGUGAUCUCCACACAUCCCAACGCCCUUACCAUUGCGGCAAUACGAGGGUCUCUGGAGUUUGUUAAGGAACUUUAUGACGUAGAGGGGGCAGACAAGAAUCCAGACGGUUUGACGCCCCUUAUGUGUGCCGCCAUCAACGGAAAGCUGGAUGUGGUAAAGUUCUUAGUGGUAAAACAGAGCCGACUGCGAUCUCCAGGAAACAAGACGGCGCUUAUGCAUGCUGCUGAGCACGGCCACACACGCUGCGUGGAGACUCUUUGUGCCUGGGAGAUAGGGCUGCAAGAUGACAAUGGCAUGACUGCACUGAUGCUUGCAGCUAUCAACGGACAUUUGGGAUGUGUUCGACAACUCUGCAACAUGGAAGGCAACAUGCGGAAUAAGAAUAACUUGCUAGCUGUUGAUCUGGUCAAUGCAACACGCUACCAAAAUAUAUAUAAGGUGCUUUAUGACGUCGAAGGUUGA